AGUUGCAAACUGUAAAUCGCCUGCAGUGGUUUUAUUUUAGCUUUGCGGUUUUCCUCCGUUACGUAGAAGUGACCAGGAGCAGGAUCCAUACCGAAUGGAGGCGAACAUUCUCUACCGUAAUAAUUACAGCGGGAUGAUGUCAGACUUGCAAAUGAUAUCAACGUGAUGAUGUUCGUGCAUGCAGUGACUUUGCUGGAAAUGAUGGUGUCAACAUGUGCAGUGGCCAGACAGGAAAUGAUGAUGUGGGGCUGAUGAUGUCAAUGUGCGCAGUGACUUCAUGGGGCGUAAUGAUGUCAGUGCCUGCAGAGACUUCACAGGGAACGACAGUGUCUGGCCAUCUGCUGGCUUUACAAGAGGCGAUGAUGCCACUCCAUAUGGUGACUUCACGAGGAGCGACGAUGUCAGCGCACGCAGUGACUUCAUAGGGGUGGAUGAUGUCAGCGUCUGCAGAGACCUCAAAGCGAACGAAGGUGUCUGGGUGUCUGGUGACUUGGCCAAAGGCAAUGAUGCCAGCGCGCGCAGUGACCUCAUUGGGUUGGAUGAUGUCAGCACGCGCAGUGAUCGUAUGCGGAGUGAUGAUGUCAAUGUGUGUGGUGAUUUCACAUUGGACGAUAACGUCAUCGGGGAUGAUGUCAGUGUCCGCAGUGACAUCACAUGGAGUGAUGAUAUCAGCACCCGGAGUGAGUUCACAAUAAAUGAUUUCAGCGCUUGCAUUGACUUCAUUGGGAGCAAUGAUGUUGGUGUGUGCAGUGAUUUCGUCGGGUUCACGAGGCCUGCGCUUGUGGCGACUUCAGAGGGGCUGGUGAUGUCAGCAUAUGCGGCGAUGAUUUCAAGGAAUUCUUCAUUUAUUCUGUCCCUUUCCUUCAUCACUUUGGACUCCAUCUUUCCUUUGAUCCUUCAGUCUUCAGAGAACUGUUGUGAAAAAAAAUGUCCUUUUGUGUCCUCAGCAAUUUCUGACUCCCUCAUGCAGCUCACGUGUCCUAUGCAAACACAGGCAGCUGAUGAAACUCAUCAGCUUUAA